AUGGGGAAUUGCGGACUCUACAGAAAGAAGAAGAAAGAGGAGGACCAUGAAGAACGCGGCGAUGAACAAAUGGAACGGGUUAGUCAAAAUUCGUACGGAAAGCCCAAAUCUACAAAUGAAGAGACACGAGCUGUGAAGCCACCAUCAUCAAAAUCGAUUGUAAAAGGCAAUAAAUUGAUUCCUCCUUGGGACGAUGAUGGUCUUCCUUUGCCGAUUAGUAUUCGACAUUCCACAAACCUCAUAAGUGAGUCCCAAAAUCUUCUUUUAAUGCUCAAGAAGUAUAUCCCAACGACAACCCUGAAGAAGGGAGUUAUCCGCUUGCAGCAGCGCUACCCUAAAGCCGUGCCUUACGUAUGUGCAACAGCUCUUGGUUUUGCUCGACUGGAACAGGCUUGGAAGAGAUGUAAAGUCACCCGCCGGCCAGGCAUUAAAUCAUCCCGAGGUAAUGUCGGAGCCCCAUUUUGUGAUAUAAAAAGACUGGAUGAUCGAGCUAUUCCGCCUGAAAAAGAGAAAUGGUGGCGAUACACCAUGUUUUUACUGGUGGAUCCUUUGGAAAAGGACAAAUUUCCCCGCAGUCUGGCAGAAAAUGGAGGUCAAUUGGUCAGCGUUGAGAGUCGUACAGGUUGUGAAAUUCGAAUUGGGGAGAAAAAGUUCCUCUACCGCGGCAAUCUUGUGCGUCACUUUUUCAUUGAUGGACCCACACAGAACGCUAUUGUUUGUUGCCAAAAUUCCCUACCUCAAUGGCUUCUCAAGAACAUCAUUAUUGACCAUAAAAAUAGCUACAGAAAGGAGCCACUUCAACCAGAACCAGUGCUCCUGAAGUUGGAAAGAUUUACUGACUUUGGGAUACCUCGACAAACAGCGUUGGUAAAUUGA